UGCAUAUAGUAUGAAAAGAGAGUUCAUUUCGUAUAUACGGGCCCUAAAAUCACUUUCGCGAUCGAGAAAUUUGACAGAGAUAGAAUAGACGUGCGUGAUAUUACAGAUUGUAAUAGUGUAAGAGGUUUUUCAAAGAUGGUGAAAGGUGCACAAAUUCUGCCGCCCCACAGUAAUCGGCUUGGGAAUGUACUCGCUGAGGAAUACAGGAUAUGUGGUUCCUUUGAUCUACCCCCAAUAGUGCUUAGGCCUGAUGUAUUCUCGCUUGCCAUCUGGGAAAGUUUGGAAAGGGUCGGAAUCGCUGUGGAAGAUGUUAGGAUAUUAGGAAGCGUUGCGGCUUUAAUCGUCGCGGAUGCUGAUAGACAACAUAGUAUACGGUGCAAUGACAUAGAUAUAGUGUUUAACGUCGACUUUGAAUAUCACUCAGCGAUCGUCAAGUUUGACCAUGUACUUAAUUGUGUGAUGGAAUGUUUGAGAGAACAUUUUCCGGAAGAGAAACGUGAGGAGGGACAGAACCUGCCAGUGGGUGCGUUUUCAAGUGCUUAUGUUAAUAAGAUGGUGAAGGUACCGAAUCACAAAUCAAAUAGUUCUAAAUCGGAUAGGAAUAGUGGAAAUGAGGAUUGUUGGUCUCUUAUAUCGCUGCGGAACGAGUCUGGACUGAAUAUCGAACUCAAAUUUGUGCAGAAUUUGAGGAGGCAUUGUGAGUUUUCAAUGGACUCGGUGCAGAUCGUAUUAACUAAGGAAGUGCUGCAAGCUAGUGCCAAGUGGGAAGUUAUGUCCGGGUGGCCCGAGAAUGUACCGGUCAACGCAGUGAGUGUUUGGGGAAAUUACGAGGAAGCGGUGGAGCAUAUCAACCAGCGAAUUAUAUCCAUCAAUCUGCCGGAGCAGUUGCGAGGUGGUGGUUUGUUAAAGUAUUGUAGGCUAUUGUCGGAGGGGUAUAGUCAUCCGGCCGAGAUGACUGAGAAAUCUAUCAGGAAAUUGCAGCGCUCUAUGUGCACGCGGUAUUUUAUAGAUUUCCCAACUCUGGCGCUGCAACACAACUAUAUAGUGGGAUACAUACACUCACAUUUCCCGGACCCGCGCCUCGGCCUCAAGUAUCUGCAACAUCUGCAAGAUGCUGUCGUCAGUUAUACGAAACAGAAUCCGAAGGAGCGUGCGUCAACAAUCGAAGUUCUGGACGUACUCAUGCAACACACUUCUGAAUACAUCGAUCACAUCGAUUCGAUGGAGUCAAGUUUGUCUGAUUCGUCGAGUUCGUCUGCGGGAUCCGAGUCGCCAAUGGCUCCUUCUAGUGAAGAGAAUCUGCUGGAAGCUAUCGUCGACGGGGAUGAAUGCAGCACUUUGAAGAAGCUCACACGGUCAGCUUCGCAGCCAGCGGCGGAGGGGGAAGUAGUAGUGACGAAAGCUACGACCAUUCUAGGACUUUCAAAGGUAGCUAAGAAUGUGCAAGUAGUACACGGAGCGAGGUCUUUUGCGAAGAUUGUAGCGACGAACCCUGUGCGGCCGAGUAGUGCUUCUGCUCCUGUCCCGGUGACGCAAAGUGAUGCACAUUCAGCCGUGUUUACCCCACCCAGGUCACCGACAGUGAGCGGCAGCAAUACUAAGAACUGUUCAGGUCAAACCAUCAGCGAAAAAUCCAAAAAAAGUAAGAAGACCAUAGCACAAGGUCAAAUAGCCGCGACUGAAUUCGCAACUACCCGACGAGAUAGUGAUGGUAUGGAGUCAAGCACUAGCGCAAGUACUACUAGAAUGAGUACCGAUUCAACAGCUAGCUACGAUACCAUGUCAUCCAUGUCGGAGAAGGACUCAGAUUCGAGCACAACUGUGCUUCUAUACCCUUCACCGCCCGACACUCCUGAGAUGGUUGCCACGCCCAUGAUCACGCUCGAAGCCGCGUCACCACUGGAUGCACACCGUGCGAGUGAUAGAUGCGAACUUGAGUGUAGCACGGCGCAGGACGUCGACAGCAGUGAACAGGACAAUCAUGUAGAGCAUGAUUUUAGUGAGACUGCGGAUGUAUUCGAAUAUUCAAUAGAGGCAAAGGAGGAAGUCUUUGCGUCCUGCAGAGAGUCGAUGGUGGCCACGGAUAAUCUAGUUACACUCCGCGGUUUGUUGAACAAAGGGAUUGUGAACGUGAAUGAUCGUGGUUACCUUGGCAACGACAAGAGUGAGGGUCAAACCUUGCUCAUGGUUGCGAGUAAAUACGGGCGGUAUAAGUGUAUGAAGGAGUUGGUGGACAAAUUCGGAGCCGAUAUCAACAUGGUGGGUGGGGUGGGUUCAUAUACGGCCUUGCACUACGCUGCGUUCCACGGUCACGUCAAUGCUGUCGUUACACUACUCGAGCGGGGUGCCAAAACGGAUAUGAUUACCUCUCAGGGAGAGACACCUGCCCAGGCAGCGUUGGCAGGUGGUAAGAAAGAGAUUGCGCGUAUGCUGCAAUCUUACGCAAACAAUGGAGGACGUGGUCCUGUAGAUAGUACCUGCAUGGAUGGUUGGCAACAGUGUGGUCGUAAAUCCAAAGGUCGCCGCAAAGCCGGUGUCACCGCUACUAACAACGGGGGCGGCAACAACAGUUCUGCUAAGUAUAACAAUCAUGCAAAAGGGCAUAAUAAUGUGCGUAAUAGACGGAUGCGUAAGUGAUUUUAAAGGAAUAGACAUAUAUAGAUAGAUAGAGGUAUUGUAGUACUGUGCGGAUGCCGAUGUAUGCUCGACUUUGAGCGCGGCAUAGAUAUACAUAUUGAGAUCGAGUCACUGUUUUCAUGGCUUAUACCUGGACUGUCUCGAGACUAUUGAUCAUUAGCUGUCAAUGGUCUGUUAGUUCUGGAAGUUGUUACUCGUCUCUAAUUUGACGCAGUACCUAGUAUCAUAAAACAUUAGUAUCACUAAAUUAGAAAAUAAGCCCAUUCAUAGUAUAUAUUUAUUAACAUACAAGGAGGC